AAAUGGCAUCCUACCAAGCACCAAAAUCAUCAUCACAAAUCAAUGAGAAGCACAGGGCUGCAAUAGAUGAGCUGAAGAAGGAGCUCGGGGCAAAUGAAAGCCUCUUAAGCGAUGCGCGAAAUGCAAAAGCUCAGGCUACCACAAAGGCAUCUAUGUUGAAUAAUGGCGUGGGAACCAUAAAAUUCCAGGAGAAGAAAGAUUGGUCUGGUUCGAUCGUCGGAUCUAUCCCUCCUACUAUUCAAAUAAACAAGUCUGGUAAGUUUUCUCACAGAGGCACCCCUCCUAAGGACUCGAAGGAUCCAUGGGAGCUGUGGUGUACGUUGGUCCCAAUGUGCAAGGUGGGCCAGAUAAUUGUGCCUGGAUCAUGGCUUGGAGCACUCCUGGUGAUGGCACCGAAAACAAGAUCUAUGUAGAAACUGGACCUAGUACCAAGUAUCCUUCUGGCUCUAUUGAUUGGGACACAAUCAAAUCUAGUUGCAAAACUCAAGCAAUGAAAGUCAUUAUUUUGACGAAGACAGCCAGACUGAGGUUCAGCUCAAAUUGCUAAAAAUGGCAAUAAUCCUCUAGCUGCUGCAGUCUUUGAUGUCACCCUUGUUUAAAUUACUAAUGUAUCAUCUUAAGAACUAAGGUCCAGCUCCUUACAUGCACAUAGGUAAG